AUGAAGGGGAGCAAGGUCCAUGAGCACGAGACCGACGUCCCGGCCUCCGAGCUGUGGGCAAUCUACGGCACGCUCCUCCCCGCGAAACUCCUGCCAGAGCUGCUCCCGCACGUGCUCGCCAAGGUCGAGCUCAUCAGCGGCGACGGCGGUGUCGGUACCAUUCUCAAGCUAAUAUUUCCACCUGGGAUUCCUGGACUACAGAGUUACAAGGAGAAGUUCAUCAAAGUAGACAAUGAGAAUUAUAUCAAGGAGGCAGAAGUCGUCGAAGGCGACAUUCUGAAGCUGGGGUUCCUGUACUACAUGGUACGGUUUGAGAUCAUUUCAAAAGGGCCCAACUCGUCAGUGAUAAGAUCCACUAUCGAGUAUGAGGUUGAUGAUGCACACCAAGAGCUUGAAGCUAUGGUGAGCAUGGCAGCUUUGGCUGCAACUGCUGAGAAAUUUUCGGAGCAUGCCAAGGAGAACAAGGCCCCUCACGCUACCUCUUGA